CUCGUGCUCCACCCUCUCGCGCUCGCGCUCGCGCUCGCCUCGCCAGUUGCCACCCUUCCGAGUCUCCGCUGUCUCGCACAGACUACCACUAGUAGAAGUACACUAGGCAACAAAAGCCAAGCGCGCAAGUGCACACGCGGGCCGCUCGCUCCUCCUCCGCGCACCACCGCUUCCGGCUUCCGCGCUGCCAUUACUGCGCCUCACCAACCUCCCUCUUUCUCUCUCUCUCUCUCUCUCUCUCUCGGGCACGGGGAGGAGCGAGGCGACGCAUGAUGGCUGGCGACCGCCGCCGCGGCGGCUCGCCCACGGGGGAGCGACGGCGGGGGAUCCGGCGCCUGCUGCUGCCACGCGGCGAGGGGUCGUCGUCCUCGCCGCCGCCGCCGCCGCUGCAGCAGGUGGAGGAGGGGAGGCGGAAGGGGUUCGCCUCGGCGGCGCUGCGCGGGCUGGGGUGCACGUCGGCCGCGGCGUCGCAGGCGUACGCGCCUGGGGGCGGAGCCGGGGCGGCGGCGGCGGCGGCCGUAAGGUCGUCGGCGGACUGGCACGGGCGGAGGCGGAGGAGGGGGAAGGAGAAGAGGAAGGAGCGGGGAGGGGGAGCGGGAGGCGGCCACGUCGUGGGCGGCGGGAUCGGCGCCGACGUGUGGUGCGCGCCGGGGAUACCGUUCGCCGCGGAGGCGUCGUCCGUGGACUGCGUGGUGGCGCGGCACCAGAUGGCGGGGAGGGGCCGCGGCGGCGACGCGGAGAGGCCGCACAGAGAGAGACCGUGCCUGUCCAGGAGGGUGACCGUGCAGGAGCAGAUAUCCUCGUCGUUCAUGGACUCGCCACCGCCGCCGCCGCACCACCACCUCGACGCCGCGCCCUUCUUCGGCGCCGACCUCCUCCCGUCCGGCCGCCUCCGCCGCAUGCGCGGGUACCGCCACUCCCCCGGCGGCCUCGAGGAAGAGAUCAUGAUGUUUCAGACAAGAGUUUUGUUGGGAGGAAUGAGUCUGUAUGAUCGAUACCAGGAUUGGCGCCUUGACGUUGAUAACAUGACAUACGAGGAGUUGCUCGAGCUUGGAGACAAAAUAGGGUAUGUCAACACAGGAUUGCGUGAGGAUGAGAUAGUUCGCAACCUUAGGAAGGUCAAGCACCCAUCCUUUGACCCAUUCCGGUAUCCAACAGAAAUGGAAAAGAAAUGCAGUAUUUGUCAAGAAGAGUUCGAAGCAAAUGAAGAGAUGGGGAAGCUGGAUUGCGGCCACAGCUACCAUGUUUAUUGCAUCAAGCAAUGGCUCUCUCAGAAGAAUGUUUGCCCAGUUUGCAAGACUGCCGUUACCAAGACUUGAAGUAGUCUGGACUCCGGGUUACACCAAUUGUAUACCUGGGCCAAACUUUAAAAACCUGUUUGUUGUGCUCUGUACAGUCCAUUAUAUAUGUUAUUGUUAUACAUCAUCCAUUCUUUUGCAUUUGCAGAUAGAAAUGCCAUACUGUGGCAUCCUUUAUCAAAUAUAUGUGAGUACUGAAUUCUGAUA